AUGAUGCCGCCACUGAAGCUUACAUCAGCCUCACGAGGCUGUUCGGAGCCGAACGUCAGCGCCGGACUGGAUGACUGGAGGAACCGGACUGUCCGGACAUCAACUCCCUUGACUGUGAACUCGGGUUGCGAACAAGAGAACGAUGCAAUACAAAAGGUGCCCGAGUCGUGGGUCAACAUGCACUGCGUCAUGCAGCUUUUGAUGAAGAAGAGCAACAUGAUCUACCAGCACAAUGACCAUAACCUGGUGGCCAAAGAGACCAAAGACAGCGGAGAGAAGCACAUCAUGGUACAUUCGAUGGAAGGUCGAAUGGUUAUGCUGCAGUAA